AUGAACAGCAAGUGCAUGAGCAUUCUCUUGCUCUUUCUGGUAAUCGGUACGAUGUUCCCCAUCGGAAACGGCAAAAAACAUGGCCAUGAUGGCAACUCUGGAAAACCAAACUGGGGGUCCGGCCCGAAGGGCUCACAGAACCAGACCGAGUGCCGUUCUCUUGGUCUCUCCGGCCGUCUGGCCAUCGUCACGGGAGGCGCCAGUGGAAUCGGAAGGAGCGUCUGCAUGGUACUCGCUCGAGAGGGCGCCACCGUCAUCGUGGCGGACAGGAACAGCACGGGCUCCGCUGAAACCAUAGAGAUGCUACAAGCCUCGUACAAGGGCGACCACCGGGCCAUAUACGUGGACGUUUCCAACUCGACCGCCGUCGACCUACUGUUCAAGGACAUCACGUCUUCGUUCCCGACCAGAAAGGUCAGCGUCGUGGUGAACAGCGCCGGCAUCGUGGAAACACCGACGCCAAUAGUAGAAAUGGGAGACACCGCAUUUGACGACACAAUCGCCACUAAUCUAAGGGGAACGUUCCUGAUAAAUCGAGAGUCUGUGCGGCACAUGCUGACAAAUAACGUCACGGACGGCGCCAUUGUCAACAUUGCAAGCAUCAUUGCAAAAACAGGCUUUCCAGGAGUAGCAGCGUACUCAGCAUCCAAGGGUGGCGUCGUCUCUCUGACCAAGGCUGUUGCUCUCGAAGUGGCCAGCAAGGGAAUCCGUGUCAACGCCAUUCUGCCGGGUCCUGUUGACACUCCCAUGCUCGAGAGGUUGCCUGCAAACUUGGUGGCCAUCUUCGUUGAUCAAACUGCCCUCAAGCGCAAGGCACGGCCCGAAGAACUGUCCGAGACAAUUGCGUUCAUGUGCAGCCCGAAAAGUAGCUUCAUGACAGGAGAUGCCGUCGAUGUCACGGGAGGAAUAACUGCGUAA